AUGCCCAGCGACCCCGAAGGCGAACUAGCAGCUCUCAUUCCCCGUCUCGUUGGGGAAUGGCGCGUCCACUUUCUCGACAAUCUGCGCUCUUUCGUCAUCGUGCUUGUCGUCCUCCACCACGUCGCACUCUCGUUUGGCGGAGUCGGAUACUGGUACUAUGUCUCGCCCUACCCAGUCUCGAAUGUCUCCAAGGCAGUCCUGACACUCUUUGUCGCACUCAACCAGACCUUCUUUAUGGGCCUGAUGUUCUUCAUUGCCGGGCACUUCUCGUCCAUUGCUGUGGAACGAAAAGCAUGGGGAGUGUUCUGCAUCGAUAGGUUGAAAAGGCUGGGGAUCCCGAUCGUCGUCUAUACGUUUGCCAUUCACCCGCUGGUGGUCGUGUUGCUCAAUCGUGGCUCUGUAUGGACCGCGCUGAGACAUUAUUAUCUGAAUCUAGACCGCGUUCAGGGUCCAAUUUGGUUUAUCGCCUUGCUUCUCGUCUUCGACGUCAUCUAUGCGACAACCAAACUGUUUAUUCCCUCUUUCGGCUUCCUUAUACCUUCCUCAUACUCGCAAUACCGUCUUGCAGCAUUGCUGGGAAUAUCCACAGUCAUUAUCUGCACAUUUUCUGUCAGAUUGUCCUUCCCACUCGGCACCCACAUCCCUGUUAUGGCGCUUGAGCCCGGCUACACGCCGCAAUACGUCCUGGCUUACAUUUCUGGCUGUUCCCUGUCCAAAAUCCAGCAAUAUAUGCUCUUCAGGGACCCCAGACGCGCAUUAGCCCUCUCCUACUUGGGUGCAAUUCUUUCUGCCGCUAUCAUCAGCGGCAUUGGUGCAGCUCUUGCUAUUCCAGUCACAUACGCCGGCGGAAUGAAUCCCUUCGCGUUGUCCUACGCCAUCUGGCACGAAACUUGUUUUUACUUCCUCGGGACGGCCUGGUUCUCGCUGUUCCACGACUCGGAGCGGACAACGGAGAAAUGGGGCACGACGGCGAGGUACUCGUAUGGCGCCUAUAUCGUGCAUUCGGUUGUGGUCGUUUGGCUGCAGAUUCUGUUGGAUUCGCGGUUAGACGGGAUUUUGAAGACGGUCAUUGUGGGUGUACCUGCGAUCGUACUGAGCUGGGCGGUUUCAUGGGUGUUAGUUCAGAUACCGUUUGUGGGGGCCAUUAUCUAA